AUGAUUUUCAGAGCAAGGGAUUAUGAUUCUGUGUAUGACCCUGUUCGUAGUUCUACUUUCAGAAAAAAGAUUACUUUUAGGGCUCCGUCAGAUUGUUCAUAUUUGAGAUUUUUAGAAACGUUAAAAUCUGUAUGGAUGUCUAUUGAUCAAGACGUGUCACCUUUGGGAGCUCCGCUUUACGAAAGCGAUACUAAGGUAUUAUCUGAACAGGAGUUGCAUGGCCUUGGAGGAUCGCUGUCAAGAAGAAAAUCGAAAUUAGAUGCAUUAAAGGUGCUUGAUUCCGCUCGAACCAGUGAAGCAGAUAGUCUAGCUGGCGAGUUCAGCAUCGAGAGGAAGCAAAAGAAAAUUCAAAGACGAAAAAACAAGUGCCUCGUGGAUAAUUCUUUUGGCAAUUAUAACGCCGAAGUUGAAGUUGCAUCAACUGAGGCCUCUCCAUUAAAUGUUCAUGAGCCUGUUACGCGUGAAGAUGACAAUGAAAAUCCUUUCAUUGCAAGAGAGGAAUCAAAGAAACUAUAA